AUGUUGUCUCGAGCGGCAAGCACCAUUGGUAGGACAUCGGUUCGACGAAUGCGUCGAGGGCCAUCCACCACUACAACAGCGGUAGUGCAGAGGCGUACCAUGGGUGGAGGAGGUGCCGCCAUGGAGGGCAGCCCUGCCAUGAUGGGCACGGCUGCAGAAGUCUUUGGAGUGAUUUGUUGGUUGUGGGUCUUUAGCAGGGCUCGUGAGGAUUUGCCAUGGAUCUUGGGAUUCCGACACCCUUGGGAUCACGUAGAGGAUCCUUUUGCCCCUCACGAUUCUCAUGGUCACGGCUCAGCUUCCAAAGAGGAGACUAUUGCGAGCUGGGACAAGUUUAAUGCGAGAUCCAUCAAGCCUGGCGAAGACGAUGAUGAUGAUGACGACGAGGAUGAAGACGAUGAUGACGACGAUGAUGAUGACGAGUAG